GUUUUUCGUAAUUUCGGUACGUUUUGUCCGAUCACAGUUCAACCUCCCGCUCAACAAGAAGGUUGAUGAGGUUUUCCAUUCUUUCUAGCGCCACUGGUAAUUGAUAUUCUUGUGGCGUUGGGCUGCACCCAACUAUGUACGGCACUGGCCUUCUCUUCCUAUCUUCUGCGGUCAAAAAACAUUUCCUCGUUCCCAUUUUACAACGAGCCACCCAAAUGGUCCACGAGAAACUAAUACUUUGCAUACCGAAUAACACUUUGUCUCUGAUCCAGUGGAAAGGUGCCAUUUCCAGUUUUUACAACGCAGCCUCUGAGAUUUGCCCAUCACUUGAUGUAUACUUCCUCCUGCCGCGAAGUGAUAAAAGAAGCCGAGCUAUUGAAAUCGAUGUGAUCCUUUCUUGCGAACGGCUUACUGAGCAGGCAGUUGACCAAGCUCGUCUUUUGAAUCCUUCUUUGCCUCAUGGUGUUGACCACAUCAUGUUGUCCGAUUCCGUGAACUCGAUCGAAGACAACUUCGACACUAGUGAUACUUCUUCAUCUAAUACUUACGACUGUGUGUGCGUCGGUGGAACCUUUGAUCGUUUGCACAAUGGACACAAAAUUCUUCUUUCUAUCGGUGGUUUACUCACGAGAAAAGAGUUACUUGUGGGUAUCACUUCUGACGAAGGCCUCGAAAGUAAACAAUUGGCACCUCUGAUCUUGUCGUUCGAAUCUCGCUGCGCGAAUGUUCGGUCCUUCUUAUCCUGUGUUGGCUUCCCUGCCUCUCACCUCGUGGUAGCCAAGCUUACCGACCCCUUUGGACCUCCGGGAAACUGCAGUAAAUUUCAAUGCAUCAUUACUAGCGCGGAGGCUUUACCUAAUUGUGGAAAGUUGAACGAACUGCGCACUUCCAAAGGAUUCAAUCCCUUAGAAAUUGAACAAAUAGAAUUUGUCCCAGCGUUUCAACCACCUUCAGCGAAUGUACCGCCCGAAAUGCCUGAGUCCAAGUUGAGCUCAUCCACCAUUCGAUUCGACCUAUUGGGCACUCUGUUGCGCUCAGUUAACACGACUGCUCGUGAUAAUCGAAAAGCGCGUAAUCCCUAUGUCAUCGGUUUAGUUGGACCGUCUGGCGCCGGCAAAUCUGCCUUAGCCAAACGCCUUGCUAACAUGAGCUCUCAAGUUCAAGUCCUCGACUGUGACCGUCUAGGUCACGAAGCUUACAGACCCGGUACCGAUUGCUACAAAGCUCUCAUACAGCAUUUUGGUUUUGACGCCAUAGCAUCUCCGGAUCCACCGCAUUACAUUGAUCGGUCUCGCCUAGGAACUAUCGUCUUUUCUGAUGCUCGCCGCCUCGCUGAGCUAAACUCUAUCGUUUGGCCAGAAAUUCUUCGUCAAAUCGAAGAUUUUCUCCUGAAGAUUGACCAUCCACGUCUGUCAGAUCGGAACCACUUUUCUCGGCCAAUCGUUAUCUUGGAUGCUGCCGUCUUACUUCAGGCUGGCUGGGAUAAACUAUGCGAAGAGGUCUGGGUCGCAAUCAUUCCAAAACAAGAGGCACUUCGACGAAUUUGUGAACGAAACGGUUUGUCGUUGUCCACAGCCAACGAGCGUCUUUCAAGACAAGCUAGCGCUGUUGCCUCAUCCACCGGCGGUCUGGACUGGUGGAGCGUGGGACAACUGGACACGGGCUUGGGGCCCCUGGGACGUGCGCACGUCGUCUUGAGCACUCAGUGGGACCCAGAGUGCUCCCAGCAGCAAGUACAGAAGGCGUUCACCGGAUUAAAAAAGCGGAUGACUCUGGAAUCCUGAUCAAACGUUUCUCAUGACUCCGACCUCAUCCACCCCUAUUUUUCUCAGGUCUUUGGUCUCAUACACUUAGGACAGCGCAAGUGAUUUUAUUCACGUAUGAGCGGCCACUUUUCUUUUCUACAAAAUGCUCACAUCAUUCCUUCGUCAGUUGUGCGCUGUAGUCAGGGGCCAUGUAUUCUUAGGAAUUCACUCAGACAAUUGCUUACCUUGACUAUGUGAUUCAAACGGCCAUUGAAAAAUGCUAUACCUUGCUUCCUAAUCACACGAUCCUGGUUUUCAUAAUCUACGCGAACUAUAAUGGUGUUCACUGAUUCACCUGCGAAUGUUCUACUUACAAAUUAUCGUCUCGUAACAUGCUUGCUAGCGCGAUGUGCAUGCAGUGGCUACUCCGGCAGAUUUCUCAUCAACUUUUCAUCUGACUCGUAUCCAUUCACUCUCUUCGGACGUCUUUGAAUGGUGUCGGUAAUAACGUCGCCGCCGUCCGGUAAUAGAUUAAAUAAAUAAAUGUUUUAUUCC